CUUACGCACCACAAGUCGCCUGAUCUUGCCAACGGAGAAAGAAGGAAAAAUGUCGAGCAUUGAUUUUUAUGGCCAUCUUGCAUCGCAGCCAUGUCGCGCUGUGCAAUUAUUUAUGAAAGCCAACAACAUCCCUUUCAAUUUUCACCUCAUCGAUUUAACCAAAGGCGAACAAACUAAAGAAGACUUUCAAAAAGUUAACCCUAUGGGGAAAGUUCCAGCCAUUAAGGAUGGAGAUUUUUGUCUUGCAGAGGGUAUAGCCAUUGUUCAGUAUUUGGCCGCUAAAUAUUCUACGCCCGAUCACUGGUAUCCUAAAGACGCUGCAGCAAAAGCAAGAGUAAAUGAGUACUUAAACUGGCAUCACAGCAAUACUAGAGGUGGUGCUACCGGUGUAUUCUUCAAUGCCGUGAUCUUACACCAGAUAAGGAAGCAACCCAGAAAUGAAGCUGCUAUAAAGGAAGCCAAAGGAAAAUUAACUGUAGCCCUCGAUCUGUUCGAGAACUACUUCGUUAAGGAUCGUCUAUUCAUUGGCGGUAGUGAAAUUUGUAUUGCUGAUUUGUUCGCGGUUUGUGAGUUUACUCAGUUAGACCAAAUCGGUAUUGAUGUUGGCAAGAAUAGAGCCAACGUCAAGGCAUGGAAAGACCGAGUUAGUGCACAGUUAGGAGCACAUUUCGUAGAAGCCCACGAGGUUAUAAUUAAUUUUGCUAAAAGUGCAAACUUUGCUCCUGAACCGUUUGAAUAAUUUAGCUACGGUGCCUUACUUUGUGCCAUGGCUAAAUCUGCAGAAUGAAAGACUGUUUCAAUGUUAAUGGAGUUCAAGAAGUGUGUUAGUCUGUAUCUUUACUGAGUCUUAAUGUUAUGUCUUUCUUUUGACAGUCUGUCAAAGUAUAACUGUAGCUACUGUGUCACUACUACGAUAUCGACAUAUAUCAAUAAAAGUAU